AUGGCUCGAGCGGCGGUAAUCCCAGCAUCGCCACCUAAACGUUACACGCGUGGUACAGCUAAACGGACGACAACGACGACGACAACGACAACGACGGCGACCAAGAACGCCAAAACAGCUACACCGGUGGCACGGACAACAACCAAAGCAAAGGCACCGACAUCCGCCACAGAAACUAGAAAGCGUGGUGUACGGAUAGCAUCCGCAGCUGCAAGGAAACGAGCUGAUGAUGAUUCGGAUGAGGAUACCGAUGACGAACUUGGGGUUGUUGAUAACAAGAACAAGCGCACAACGACGUGGACACGCGGGAAAACGUCUACUUCUGCUGCAACCACGGCUAGUCGUGGUAGGAAACCAGUUGUUGUAGCUACACCAUAUUCAGAUAGUGAUGAUGAGGACGAACUUGCUCAAACAGAGUUCCCUACGAAGCGAGUGGGGAGGCCGAGGACGAAGCCUGCGGAACCCGCUGCGAAGCCUGAAAACGCACCCAAACCCAGAGGGAGACCCAAGGGCAGCACAGCAGCUAAGUCAAGUGGGAGUGCCGCGACUGGGAAAGAAACUGCACAAAGGAAAACUCGGACGCAGACUAAGGUGAAUCCAGAGCCUCAAGAGGCCCCUAAAGAGGUGGUGAUAACGACAAAUUCUUCAGUAAUGAGAUCAAAUUUAUUGCGUGGGCCAGCUAAAAAGAAAAAGGUCACAUUCCGUGAUCCGGAUUCGGAGGAGGACAUGAGUGAACCGAUACCUGCCCCUGCUGGAAGGAGAAGGGCAGCUACGCCGGCGAAGAAGGCUGGGCUUGGAGCCAAACCGGUCCGAAACGCUCCUACAACUUCUGGUAGGGGCCGUAAACCUGCUGCAGCUAAGAAGGACUCUUCAAAGCCCCUUUCUCCUAAGAAGGCAACGCAGGUUGCCAAAUCAAUAUCAGCAUACGUCAGCUCUGAUGGUGAAAAUGACGAGCUACAGGAGCCUAAGAGCCCGAUGAAAAUUAUUGUUGAUAGUCCCACUAAAGACGGACCAGACAAUACUGGAUUGAGCUCCCCAGUCAAGCGAAUCAACUUUACUACGAACUCCCCCCACACGAAAGUCGAUGAAAAUGGAGAGCCCACGCCCCGCCUUCCUAGGCCGAUGGAUUUCAGCGAGUCACUUAUCAUGUCCAGUCCUGCUCGUCGUCCUACUCCAUCACCUUUUAGCUUCUCAAUGAGGGAAACUCCAAAACGUGGCGGGUUUACUCUUGGGGAGGAUGUUAAGCCAUUAGUGCAGCCAGACCUUACUCCUACUCGAAAUUCACCACUCAAAAUGUCCCCUAAAAAAGCGAAUUUGGAAACCCCGAAAGCUGGUAACCUAUGCUUUGUCAAUGACAGUAGACCACUGUCUCAACCGAACUUUACCCCGGGACAUAACUCACCUCUGAAGACUUCACCUAAAAAGGGUCUCUUUGGUGCUUCAUUCUCAUCACAGCCUGCCGUUCAGGCUUCCUCUACUCCAUUGAAAACCCAGAGAUUUUUGCAGAGCCCGGCGAAGAAAAUUGUUACUCCAUUCAAGAGCUCCUUCAGUAGACAAUCGCCUGUUAUCGAACAACAUCAAUUUGAUGAUGAACAAGAACAGGACAGCCACACUCCGGCCCAGGGCAUUGGCGAGUAUCCUCUUAGAACCAGCGAGAGGAGAACGCGUAUGGAGCUGGAAAGAGACAACGAUCAGGUUGAAGCACCUACAUUCCGCGAAGAUGACCAUGGCCUACUUCCGCCAGCUGAGACUUGCGUCUCACCAGAGGCCGAAAAUUGCGUACAAGCAUGUGAAACCCCUGAAAUGGACUACAAUGAAAAUGAAGCGUACUAUCAGAAACACGCCCUGGAGGACGCGGAGUAUGAAGAUGCAACAGCCGAUGAUUUGUCUGUCGAACAGACAGAGCCUGUUCAAAAGAAUCUGGAAAACCAUAUCGAUGAGCAGAAUGAUGGAUGGGUCCAUGAUGAUGUGGAGGAGGAGGAGAAAAGGAUUCGUCCUAGUGAAAUCCAACAAUACGGAGAUGGCGUCGAGAGCGACACUGAACCGUGCACCGAAGGACAUCAUGCAAUUGAAGAGGGCUCUGAAUAUGAUCUUAAGGAACGGGAAGACUACGACAGUCUGGGCGAAGCUCGAGUGUACGGUGGAGAGGAAACCGGUGAAGGUGUCGAGCUUGUCACUUCAGAAACUCACUUGGUUGAGACAGAAUAUCACGAGAACCCAGCGGAGGCCCAAGAACAGUCAGUGGAGCCGGGGCCUGAACCUAGAGAUACGAAAACGGAGCAUCCCUCACCCUAUCGACAAAGCAUGAUUGAAGGAAUUGAAGAUGUCUUUGUGGACCGCCCGCUUGCUACCGACCAUAUGAACGAGGAUCCUGAUAUGGAGGCCACUGAUGAAGCAUCAGAAGUCGAAGGCAAUAGUAACAUAGAUGAGUCUAACAGUGAAGUUCAUUAUGAGCUUGAGGACAUUGAAGAGGAUUGCGUUUUCGACGAUGACGACGAGACGCUUGUUGCAUUCGAUACGACUGGCAAAUAUAUGCUUCAGCAUCCACAGCAGAUGGAUGCCGGAUCACAGGAUAACCCUUCCAAUGAAGUUCAAAAUAGUUUGGAAACUAUCCCAUCACCUCGUAACUUGGGCGAUUACCGUGGUAAUUCCCAGGAGGAAGAAGAUGCAAACGUGAAUGAUGCAUCCGAGCUAGAGUCUAUUUCUGAAGGACCCAGUCAUACCGGCAGGAAUGCUAGUCCUCAGGAGCCAGCCCAGACAGAGGGCCGAUCUGCCCACUCAAUUGCAGCACAACGUGGUAACCGUCCACGGUUUACACUGUUAGCAGAGCAGCUCAGUCAUUGGAAAGCUAGCAGCCCUGAAAAGCUCCAGCCCAGACGCUCACGGCGGAGAGGUGUUUUCUCGUUAGCUGGCGAUUUCAAGAAACCCGGUGAAAUCUCCCAUGGGCCUCGUCUCUCUGAACAGGUGUCGUACCCUGAUCUUACCGCUGAUGAAAAAUGUCGGACUCCUGAAUUUUCUCCGCGGCAAGGGGGAUCUCUCGAAACCGAGGUCUUUCCCCCAUCUGAGGACAAAAGCCAGGAAAUGAGAUCAGCAAAAUCUGAUACCCAAGAAAUUCUUGAACCUGUCGAGAAACCCAGAUUCGACAUUUUUAAUGACCUGGAUCCAGAAAUAACCGAGGUUGGGUCAGUCGACGCUGCUUCGAACCAGAUUAAUCAAAUCGAUGAUCUUCUGUCUAUCCAGGAUACGUCUCUUGAUGACGAUAAAGAAAAUGAUGAAAUGCCCCUUCCUGCACCAGUCACUCCCAUGAAGAACAGGGUCACUCAAUUGCAAACUUUUCACACAGUGUCCAAGGUGCCUUUGAAGGGAGAAGGCGGGCUUUCGCCAUUGAAGGUAUCUCGCAAACGAGGUAGAUCACUGUCCAGCACUUCACCAGGCCGUUCUAGAGUUCGCAGGUCUCUGGGGCAUAUAGUGCAGGACUCGUCAUACUCCCCUCGUAAAUCGUUACGACUUCAGCAAGCUGCAAUCCUCAAACUGGAGCCUAGCAAUUCUCUAGUUCAGGACUCUGUGGCUCAGCAGUCUAGAUAUGUCAAGAAACCGUCUCACUCCUCUACCCCGGCAAAGAGCCCCAGAAGAAGUAUCAAUGCAUGCAGCUUUGUCCUACGAGGAGCUGUUGUAUUUGUCGAUGUUCAUACCACAGAAGGAGAGGACGCUAGUGGCAUAUUUGUCGAGCUCCUGCAACAAAUGGGGGCACGAUGCGUUAAGAGCUGGUCGUGGAACCCUCGUGCAAGCUUUUCUCCAGAAGAGAACGCUGGGGCGAAGGAUGGGAGGGUUGGUAUAACCCAUGUCGUCUUCAAGGAUGGGGGAGUACGCACUUUGGAAAAGGUCAGGCUAGCAAGGGGGCUUGUCAAGUGCGUUGGAGUUGGCUGGGUUCUUGACUGCGAGAGAGAAAAUAAAUGGCUUGAUGAAGGUCACUACAUUGUUGACAGCUCAAUCAUUCCUCGUGGCGGUGCGAAGCGAAGAAAGAGUAUGGAGCCUAGGGCCCUGAGCAACGUUAAUGGAACCCUUGUCAAAGUAGAUGCAAGCACUACAGCUAGCAGCGGCAGGCGCUCCGGUGCAGACCUGAACGCUAUGGAAAACUUUAAGAGGUAUACGCCUACGCCUUCUCUUGACGAGCCUUCCACCCCAACAAACAACCGACAGUAUGAUGCUGGCCACAGCGAGAUAGACAAGCGAUAUUUACAGACCCCCAAAACUCCUGGCUAUGGCUUCAACCUAGACAACAUUAGCAUGUCCCCGGCGACUCCAUUUCAUCUCUCCCAGCGAACUAAACUUGUGCAACAAACUUGUCCUCCGAAACAAACCCAACAGGGCCUCUUCUCAAAAGCUGAUCUUGAUGGGGAACCGUCGCAGAAACUGCGGGCGAAACUUGAAACCGCGAGACGGAAGAGUUUGGCAUAUAAGCCCAUAGUCGGCAGCCCGCUCAUAGAAUAA